AUGGAAAUAGUAGGAUUAAGCGUUAUGCUUAGCGGAAAGUAUAGUUCUAAAUCUAUCAAAAUUAAUGCGACAGAAGAAAUAAAUAAUGCGAAUAAUGAUAUUGAUAUUGAUGCAAAGAACGAGUAA